AUGACCGCCAACCCCCCGACGCAGUGCCCGUCAGCAGCCCUCAAGUUUGCUGGUGACUGCCCGCACUGCAACAAGGUGUUCUGCAGCGUUCACCGUACUCCCGAGACACAUAACUGCUCUGGUAUGCAGGCAUGCCGCGACGCCGCCUUCCAGGCCAACAAGGAGCGCCUGGAGCGUGAGCGCACUGUUGCGAGCAAGAUCGCGCAGGCUUAG